AUGUUGGUGUACAGUCUUCUAGUCCUCUCCUUGGCACUUCGUGGAGCUUUUGCUAACAAAUGUGAAUAUGCUUCCCUUUCUGAGACAAAGCAGGCUAUCCUUAACCUGUUGUCAUGCUGGGAUGAUGACACUGCAAAUGGCAUUAUACCAGAUUCUAGAUACCCCACUGGAGAUGUUGAAUAUCGAUACAGGAGCUGUAAGGCAAUCAAGAAUUCAGACCGAUAUGCUAAAGAUGGAAUUUACACACUGACCACUGAAGAUGGAGUGGUCUACCAGAGCUUCUGUGAUAUGACAACCAAUGGUGGAGGUUGGACACUGGUGGCCAGUGUACACGAGAACAACAUGAAUGGGAAAUGCACUACAGGCGAUCGCUGGUCCAGCCAGCAGGGAAACAACCCCAAUAAUCCAGCAGGAGAAGGAAACUGGGCAAAUUAUGCCACAUUUGGGCUAUCAGAUGGUGCAACCAGUGAUGAUUAUAAGAAUCCAGGAUAUUAUGAUAUUACUGCCAAAGAUCUGGGUCUAUGGCAUGUUCCCAAUAACACACCCUUGUCUCUGUGGAGGAAUUCAUCCCUUUUGAGAUAUCGGACAGAAAACAGUUUCUUUACUCAAGAGGGCGGUAACCUCUUCCGGCUUUACAAGAAAUACCCUUUGGUGUACAAUAUUGGAGCCUGUUUGACACACAAUGGACCUGCUGUUCCUAUUGUUUAUGACUUUGGAAGUGCUGACAAGACAGCAGCUUACUACUCACCACUUGGAGGAAAAGAGUUCACUGCUGGCUAUGUCCAGUUCCGAGCUAUUAACUUUGAAAGAGCUCCCCUGGCUCUGUGCCCUGGUGUAAAAGUGACAGGCUGCAAUGUAGAGCAUCACUGCAUUGGAGGAGGGGGAUAUCUCCCAGAGGGAUCACCUCGUCAGUGUGGAGACUUUGCAUCCUUUGACUGGGACGGCUAUGGAACACGUAGUGGAUGGAGUUCCAGCAAGGAAAUUACUGAGGCAGCUGUCCUACUGUUCUAUCGUUAA